AUGUCAAUGAAACGCUCCACAGUCAAGUGGAAUCCUGAGGUGCGUGGGAUGGAAUAAUUAAAGGAUACUGUCUGCAGAGCUGUCACGUAAUAUAAAUUAAGACUAACGAGGCACAUCUGCUAUACGACACCCAGAAAUAAGCUCGGUGUGUCUAAAUGUCUGUGCCGUAAAACAUUUUCUAAUAGUUGCUGGGUGACUUCGAGAAAUGGCAUAAUAUCAACGACUGGAUAUCUCAGAAAGAGUUGAAUCCGCUUUCAUGCUUUCGCCGAAAACACGAUAAUUGACUUUAUGUUGAGUUACAGCACCUCCAGGAUGAGACUGUGGACUUUACUUUUCAUCAUCCCGGUGUGCGCAUCAUCUCCUCUUCCAGCCGAAACGCUUAAAGUCAAAGGUCCAACUUAUCCAGUGCUGGAGCACCGCUGCUCUGGCCGAGCUUGCAACCCCCGCAUGGGCAACUUGGCUCAGGGCAGGGUCCUGAGCACCCGGUCAGUUUGCGGCUUCAACUCCUCGGAGCCCUACUGCUUCGUCAAACAGACGGCUGCACCCCGCAGCAGGGAGUCAUGUUUGGAACCAAAGUGCAGCCACUGUAACUCUGCCAUCCCCAGCCAGGCUCACCCACCCUCUGCCAUGAGCGACUCCUCCUUCCGCUACCCUGACACCUGGUGGCAGUCUGCACAGGGGACGAAGGAGGAGACUCUCCAGCUGGACCUGGAGACUGAGUUCCUCUUCACCCAUCUGAUUCUGGUGUUCCGCUCACCCCGCCCUGCUGCCAUGGUGCUGGAGCGCUCCCAGGACCAUGGGCUCACAUGGAAGCCCCUCAGAUAUUUUGCCAGGCACUGCGAGGAGGUAUUUGGUCUGGCAGAGGGGUCACAAGUUGGGGAAAAUGGAGCAAUGUGCACUUCCAAAUAUUCAGCAGCUUUCCCUUGUAGCAAAGGAGAGGUAAUCUAUCGAGCCCUGACGCCCUGGAGCUCCAUGGAUCCCUACGGACCGGCUGCCCAGGACCAGCUCAUGAUCACCAACCUGAGAGUCCGUCUGCUGCAGAGCCAGCCGUGUCCCUGCCAGGCCAAACUUCCUGGUGCCGCUGUCCUCCCCACUGAUUAUUAUGCCAUCUACGACUUUAUUGUCAAAGGCAGCUGCCUUUGCAAUGGACAUGCUGACCACUGUGUCCCAGCCAGUGGCUACCAACCCAGCAAUCAGACGACCAAUAACAUGGUUCAUGGGAAGUGUGUUUGCAGACAUAACACAGCCGGUGACCACUGCGAGCGCUGUGCACCUCUCUACAAUGACCAACCCUGGCAGGCUGCCAACGGCAUCACAGGGACUCCGCAUGAAUGCCAGAAGUGCAAGUGUAACGGUCACGCCAAGAGCUGUCACUUCAGUCGAGGGCUGUGGCUCGCGACCGGACGGCGGAGAGGCGGCGUGUGUGACGACUGCCGCCACAACACAGAGGGCCGUCACUGCCAGAUCUGUAAGAAGGGCUUCUACAGAGAUCCCAGCCGACCGAAAACCGCAGCUGACUCCUGCAAACCCUGUUCUUGCCACCCUGUAGGCUCAGUCCUCUCAGAUGGUAGCACCCUCUGUAACCCCAGCAGUGGGGAGUGCACUUGUAAGCCCGGCGUUGGAGGCCCCCUCUGCGACAGAUGCAUGCUGGGAUACUGGGGUCUUCACGAAUACGGCUGCCGCCCGUGUGACUGCACAGGGGACUGUGACCCCUACACCGGUGACUGCAUUCCUGGCUCGGAUGUGGAGGUCUUCUAUACAGCCAACGGCCACAUGGGACACAGCAGCAAUAAUAGUGACAAGGCACUCUUUAGGGUGGAGGAGCUUUUCUCUGCACUGCACCACUCUGAGAAAUGUGAAUGCGUGGAAGCAGCCCUUGUUAUACCGAAACUCAUCUGUUUAGCAAAGUUUGACUAUGUUCUGGUCGUGAAGGUGAUGUCAGCCCAUGAUGAAGGCUCUCAUGCAGAGGUGCAGGUUAAGGUCAAGAAAGUCUUGUACCGGAACCCUGAGAUGAAGAUCCAGAGGGGGAGCGUCACCCUCUACCCAGAGUCUUGGACCAUCCGAGGCUGUACCUGUCCCAUCCUCAACCCAGGAUCCGAGUACGUAGUGGCCGGUCAUGAAGACUGGAAGACUGGCCGACUUAUGGUCAACACCAAGAGCCUUGUCAAACCAUGGAAGUCAAGCUUGGGUCGCAAACUCUUCCACAUUCUCAGGAAAGACUGCGGUCGCUGGUAGGGAAUCGCCAUGAACUGCGAUGCACAGAAGGACGGAUCACCCGUGAUGUACAGAUGAUGUGUUGGAUAAGAAGUAGGCAUUGCUCGGACACCGAAGCGAAUGCAAAACAAUGCGCCUAACGCUGUUUCUUCUGUCACCAAAAAAAGAGUCUGUGGCCUCACAAAACACUAAAAGGCUGUGGUUGUUUUUAACCUGUGGUAGAAAUGAGUACAAACCUCAGAGCAGACAGCUUGCCAGACUACAGUCACCGGGGGGAUCCAAGAGAACAAAGUCGACCGGGAAGACUUUCAUCCGCACAAAGGUGAUGCUGGAGUUUUAUUUCCGUUUUAUGCAAAGCUUCUGGUCACAAGCCUUUCCAGAUUAUUUAUAAAGCAGUAGGUGCGUAUUACAUACUCCAUUAUACUUUAUUUCCUGUCCAAAGUUUGCUGUCAGGUUUGAUGAGCCAAAGCACAGUCACGUCCUGCUGUAUCCAUUUAAUUGAGAGUUGUUUACUUAGGAAUUUUGCAAAGGCGCGGACUGAAUUAUCCUUGCCGCCGCACAGAUAUUGGCGAUAAAUUAUGAGGCAGAGUCAGAAUCCGUGCGAGUGGCUGAGUACGUACACGUGAUGUCCUUGGUGGGGGAGUCUGGGACCGUGCAGGUCAGAACAAGUAACUCCUGGAUAAGAAGAGAGGACGGAAAAAAAAAACAUUAAGGGAAUCAGGUGGCUUAAUCUGAGCAACUCUGCUUUGCUCUGGCGCACUCGCCUGCUGUCUGACAAGAGCAAGACACUUUCUCUAGUCUGCAGUGCAUUCAGCCGCCUUUAACGCUUGCGAUUGAGCAUGCUCUCAAAACCCGUUCAGAUACGGGAGACAAACAUUGUCAGGGCAUUUGAGUUAGACUUGAUUCUUUGGGGAUAUUCGCUGUUUCCUGAAGACCUUCUUCAAUCUGCAGAGGAUUCAUCUGGGACGGCCUCUGUGAACUGUGCCCCGCAGGAGCCAGUGUGUGUUUGUGAGAAAGAGCGUACGCACGCUCUCUUAACAUAUGUUUCUCUUUAUGGCCUGUGACUCCUGCUGCCCCCAAAAUAAAUAUGUAUUAAAAGCCUGUGUACUAAUUGACAUCACAGUGUCUCAGAUCCAGAGUCCACAGGUCAAUUUAAGAAUAGACCCGGUCUGCUGUCUCCAAGGAGAAGGACAAACUGUGUGAGGAGACAUGAUGCAUUCCUCGGCCAUUGCAUCACCACUCAUGUCCUUGUCCCAAAGACUUUACCAAAAUAAGAGAAAAUGGGAUGGAAAUUUUCUCUUAGAGGACACAGGGGUGACUUAGAGUGUGUGAACGCACUCUGCCGACAAUGUGAUAUUUGUAAUACUGUUUCCGUGUGUCCUGUUUGUUCUUUUUUCAUCAAAACUGCAUAAACGACACAUUAGUGUGCUCAUUUUUUUAA